AGUUACUAAAUAAAAACUAAAGAAGCUUAGUUUGUGUUUCACAUCCCACUGAAACCUCAAAAGCAGCAGCUCCCUCUUUUUUUACUUCUCUAUCCCUACUUUCUCUGCUUCUUCCCAUCUCAAGAUUCUUUCUUUUUUCAUUUUUUGGUGUUUUUCCAGUUUAUUCUUCAACUUUUCCUUUCUUGGUGUUCAUGGUUCUUCAAAACUAAAGAUUUCGGUUCACAAAUAUUCUGUCUAUGGCUGUGUUGUUCUUGCUUCUCUUAUUAUCAGUCUCUGCAGUUUCUGCUGAUAAAGAUGCUUUCAUUGGCGUUAAUGUCGGUACUUCCCUCUCGGACAUGCCAAGCCCGACUCAAGUGGUGGCCCUUCUGAAGGCUCAGAAUAUACACCAUGUCAGGCUUUAUGAUGCAGACCGAGCGAUGCUGGUUGCACUUGCCAACUCAGGCAUCCGGGUAACAGUUUCUGUUCCCAAUGAGCAACUACUUGGGAUUGGUCAAUCAAAUGCCACUGCAGCCAAUUGGGUUGCUCGCAAUGUAAUAGCCCAUGUUCCUGCCACCAAUAUCACAGCAAUAGCAGUUGGUUCUGAAGUUCUAACCACUCUCCCAAAUGCUGCCCCGAUCCUAGUAUCUGCUGUAAAGUUCAUACAUUCUGCCCUUGUCGCAUCUAAUCUCGAUAGCCAAAUUAAAGUCUCUACUCCGCAUUCUUCUUCCAUUAUCCUCGAUUCUUUUCCCCCUUCGCAAGCUUUCUUUAAUCGCACAUGGGACCCUGUAAUGGUUCCCUUGCUGAAGUUUUUACAGUCAACCGGAUCAUACUUUAUGAUAAAUGUCUAUCCUUAUUAUAGUUACAUGCAGUCUAAUAGCAUUAUUCCAUUAGACUAUGCACUUUUUCGACCUCUCCCUCCUAACAAGGAAGCUGUGGAUGCUAAUACACUUCUUCACUACACUAAUGUCUUUGAAGCUCUGGUUGAUGCUGCAUACUUUGCGAUGUCUUAUUUAAACUUCACCAAUGUCCCCAUUGUUGUGACAGAGUCUGGCUGGCCAUCCAAGGGAGACUCGAAUGAGCCAGAUGCGACAAUAGAAAAUGCAAACACUUACAAUAGCAACUUAAUUAGGCACGUUCUUAAUAACACUGGUACUCCCAAACAUCCAGGGAUUUCAGUCAGUACUUAUAUCUAUGAGCUUUAUAAUGAAGAUACGAGACCCGGACCAGUUUCUGAGAAGAACUGGGGACUUUUUGAUGCAAAUGGGGUGCCGGUUUAUAUCUUACAUUUGACAGGUGCUGGUACCGUGUUGGCAAAUGACACUACGAACCAGACAUUCUGUGUUGCAAAAGAAGGUUCUGACCCAAAGAUGUUACAGGCUGCAUUGGAUUGGGCUUGCGGACCUGGAAAAGUUGAUUGCACUCCUCUGUUGCAGGGUCAACCAUGUUACGAGCCAGACAAUGUGGUUACACAUUCAACAUUCGCUUUCAAUGCUUAUUUCCAGCGGAUGGCUAAGUCUCCUGGGACCUGCGAUUUCAAAGGAGUUGCUACCGUUACGACCACCGAUCCAAGUCAUGGUUCUUGUAUAUUUCCCGGAAGUUCUGGAAGAAAUGGCACCCUGACAAACACCACCUCGCUUGCUCCAUCUACCAAUUCAACAACUUCUGAUAGCCCUCAGCUCUAUAAUGCUAAUUCUUUCACAACCCUUGUGAUAUUAUGUGGUUUGCUAAUGAGUGCAAUUGUCUUAUAAUCUUUAAUAUAAUGCACAAAAUUAGUUGACCAUCAUUCGAAAAUGUAGUUUUUAUCAUUCUGUUGGACAACUUUGAGCAUACCCGAUUUUGAUUCUCCUCGAAUGGAGUUAAGGGCUGACAAAGUUGAUUGAGCUUAGGAUUAAGUAGUCUAUGUCCUAACACCAGGCUUAUGUCUGCAUUGGUAUAAACCAGCCUAAUCGAUUGGCUGGUUUUCUCGUUGUAAGUUGUAACUAUUUCAUUAGGGUGAUAUUGUUGUAUUCUUUGAACUGAAUUGUGACAUUCUCAUUUCAUUUAUGAGUAUGAUUGAAUUGUAUUUGUAA